AUGGCUGAUAAUAUUCCAAGUUUUAUUGAUCGAUUACUGUCAGGUAAAUAAAUAAUUGCGAAAUUCAACUAAAAAUCUCGUUGUUUUCUAGUAAACGACACUUCAAAUCCUUCGCUAACACAUUGCAUAAAAGAAGCUGAAAUCGAUGAUGUCAUUCAAAUUUGCUCACAAAUUGUAUUGGAUCAACCAACAAUGAUCGAAGUUCAAGCACCAAUUGCAGUUUGUGGAGAUAUUCACGGACAAUAUGUUGAUCUACUUCGAAUUUUCAAUCGAUGCAAAUUUCCACCAGAUCAGAAUUAUUUAUUUUUAGGCGAUUAUGUUGAUCGAGGAAGACAACAACUUGAAGUCAUUUGUCUUCUCAUGGCAUAUAAAACCCGUUACAGUAGUACAUUCUUUUUACUUCGCGGAAAUCAUGAAUGUGCUUCAAUAAAUCGAACAUAUGGGUUUUAUGAUGAAUGCAAAAGAAGAUAUUCGAUAAGUUUAUACAAUUCAUUCCAAGAUUUAUUCAAUGGUUUGCCAUUAUGCGGUUUAAUUGGUGGUCGAAUAUUUUGUAUGCACGGUGGUUUAUCUCCACAACUUGAAUCUUGGUCACAAUUAAAUGCAAUCAAACGACCAUUUGAUCCACCAAAUAAAUCAAUUGCGAUGGAUCUUUUAUGGGCUGAUCCGGAACCAGGUUCACAAGGUUGGGGAAAAAAUACACGUGGUGUAUCAUUUGUAUUUGGAUCUGAUGUUGUCAAAGAUUUUUGUGAUCGAAUGAAUGUUGAUUUAAUUGCUCGCGGACAUCAAGUUGUACAAGACGGAUAUGAAUUUUUCGGUUCACGAAGACUGGUUACAGUAUUCUCGGCACCAAAAUAUUGUGGAGAAUUUGAUAAUAAUGCCGGAGUUAUGUGUGUCGAUGAAAAUUUGGUAAUUAUAUUUUUAAAGAAAUAUCUAAUUAAUUGAUUUCUAGAUGAUUUCAUUCCAAAUUCUUAAACCAGCAAUUCGAGAUGUGGCAGUAAGAGCAAGAAGUUCGAAAGGAGGAGGAUCGGGAAGAAGUUUAUUGCAAGCAGUGAACAACGUCAAAUCAAAAAUGUCGGAAACCUAG